AUGUGCAGUCCGGGCCCGACAAAGGAUUUUGACCUCAUCUCUAUCCCUCAAAGACUUCGCUACGAUCCAACACGACCAUUCCCUGAGUUCGGGAUUGGACUCAAUCUGCUUUUGGCCUUUGCGUGUACUUUUAUUGUAGCGAAUCUAUACUACUGUCAAACGUUACUAUUUCAGUUCUCUGAGGAGUUCGGGGUCGUUUCUUCUGAAUCUUCCAAAGCCGUCACUCUCGUUCAUGCUGGAUAUGCUGUAGGACUAUUUUUUGUCGCGCCCUUGGGAGACCUCCUUCGCCGCCGGCAACUAAUUCUCGGACUCAUUUUCUGCUCCACGGCUCUAAUGCUUUGUCUUUCUCUCGCCCCCAACUGGAAUGCAUUCCUUACACUCUCCUUCCUAGCCGGAACCGUCAAUGUCGCAACCCAAAUACUCAUUCCUCUCGCGGCAGACGUUGUAUAUCCUUCUCGAAAGUAUUUUUUCUUAUCAAUUCUCAUCUCUGCGUUGGUCAUGGGGAUGCUUGUCGCGCGGGUUCUUGCAGGGGUGGUAGCCGAGUACGCCAACUGGCGAGUGGUGUAUUACCUUGCAGGAGGUGUACAAGCCAUCGUGCUGGUGGCAUGCUAUUCGACAAUCCCUGACUACCCGGCAAAAAAUAAAAAAAUGCGUUACAGGGAAUUGAUGAGGUCCAUGGUGGGCUUUGCAGUGGGAGAACCGCUAUUAAUUCAGGCAUGCCUUGUCAACUUUCUCGCAUCAGCAGGCUACUCGAAUUUUUGGACCACACUGACGUUCUUACUGGAUGGUCCCCCGUAUAACUAUUCCACGCUGCUUAUCGGGCUUUUCGGACUUGUAGGGAUUGCUGGGGUGUGCUUGACACCGUUCGCAACUUUGACAAUUGAGAAGCUGCAUCCGUGGUAUGGAUCGAUCCUGAGCAACGUACUCUAUGCUUGCUUUCAAGGCCUCUUGGUUGGCGCGGCCGGUCUCCACUUCGCUUCUAUCCUGUUUGCUAUCAUAGGAAUAACUGUGUUCUGCCGGGUGCUACAAGUCUCCCUUCAGAUGUCCAUAUUUAGCAUUUCUAAGGCCGCUACGACCCGACUGAAUGCUCUAUUACUCUUGUCGUUCUUUCUUGGGCAGGUAAUGGGUUCAUCUGUAGGAUCGCGCGUGUUUUUGGCGAGUGGGUGGAGAGCAGGAGCAGGGCUAUCGCUAGGCUGGAUGGGUGUUGGUCUUUUUCUGCUUCUCAUUCGUGGACCUCAUUGUGAGCGCAAAACUUGGUUUGGAUACGAGGGUGGAAUUGGUGUGAGAAGGGAUGUCGAACAGAAUGGUGAGGAGACAGACGAGAAGGACCCGGCCGAAGAUGUGUAG